CAGUCCUAUGCCAAAGACAUCUACUCCUUAAUACAAACACAAACUAUUUUCCAUUUUUUUUCCAAAAGGGUAUGAAUCACAGAGUAAAAUUAGGUCCAUUUUAGCUGCAAUGGAAUACACAAAAGAUGACAACUCCUCUCCAACAUCAUCUCCUCCAACACCUCCUUCUCCACUUCCCAUCAGUGUAGGCCCUGGCAACACAAACUACGCCUUCUCCCCAUCUCCGUCUCCUUCACCGCCCUUCUCGCUGCCUCCUUCAAGCCACUCCUCGGCUGAGAAUCUCCCUCUUCUUCACCAUCAUGAUAAUAAGUUGUCUAGUCCUAAAGUGCCAUCAGCAUUUUCAUUGGAUGGUAGACGGCCUGACCAUUUGGAGUCCAAGAGUUCAUGCCUUGUAGAUUUGUUAGACUGGUUUAUACAAAGAUGCCUCAAUUGCUGUAGCAGUAACAGUACCAGUACCAGAUCCACUUAAUUCUUCUUCUUUUGGAAUGAAAUACAAAAUGCGGUGUAGUAUCAGCCACACUCAACAGGCACUGAUAGGCUUCACCUCCGAGAUGAUUUCUUGAGCAACACUUACCUCUAACAUGUAUACUAAGUUUCAACCCCAGAAAAUUUAACCUUUUUCUUUUCUUUUGUUUUUUUGGGUUGGUCUCUUUUCUGUUGUUUCACCAUUUUUUUUAGACAUAAUUAAUCGUAUCCAUUACAAGUGAAUUAUAUAAAAGACAUUAACAAAAUUCUUGGACUCAAAAAUUCCAUCAUUCCACAAAAGGAAAAUUCAAUCAAGCUUCUUUA